CAGCUGUUCGUGUUUUUGAAUUUAAAAAAUUGACAAGUUACUAAAGAAAAAAUAUUUAUCAAGAUUUUAAAAUUUGUGAUAAAAAAUGGCAGAGAUUGAUGAUAAAGAAUUGCACCCAAAAAGUAUUAAACUUCCAGCAGCUGUUGAAGUAUUUGCAAAUUUAAAAAACGCUCAAAAUUUCGCCAUCGACAUUGGAUUGUCUUUGACAAAAAUUGCGUAUUAUUCGACAAUAAGUUAUCGGAAAGCGUUGUAUGAUAACGAAGAAUUAAAUAAUGACAGCAGUGAACUGAUAACCUACAAGCUGCAAGAAGGCUCACGGCUUCAUUUUGUUAAAUUUGAAACUCGUCAUAUUGAAAAUUGUCUGGAUUUUGUAAAAGAAAAUCUUGUUAAUGCUGAACGUUUUCAAGGAAAAAGUAUUAAAGUUACUGGAGGCGGUGCUUUUAAAUAUUCAAAGUCUAUUCAAUCAAAAUUAGGUUUACUAGUUGACAAAGAAGAUGAAAUUUCAUGUUUGAUAAAAGGCUGUAAUUUUUUAUUAAAAAAUAUUCCGUGCGAGUCAUUUGAAUUUGAACGUCACGGUAAUCCCGAGUAUAAAUUUGAAAAAGCUGGACCCAAUAUAUUCCCAUAUUUACUAGUCAAUAUCGGAAGCGGUGUCAGCAUUUUAAAAGUACAAUCUGAAGAAGAGUUUGAGCGAGUCGGUGGUACUGCUACUGGUGGCGGUACAUACUGGGGUCUUGGUUCAUUAUUAACUAAAGCUAAAGGUUUCGAUGAACUGCUGGAACUAGCAGAGAGAGGAGAUCACAGGAACGUAGACAUGCUCGUCAAAGAUAUUUAUGGCGGAGAUUAUUCGUCGCAGGGACUGUCGGGAGAUUUAAUAGCCUCUUCUUUUGGGAAGACGAUGUCCUGCAAUACGAUCCCGGGGCCGCAUAACUUUUCCGAGGCUGACAUUGCCAGGAGUUUGCUGUUUAUGAUCAGCAAUGACAUUGGACAGAUUGCUAGUCUCUAUGCUUCUAUUCAUAACAUGGAUAAAGUUUAUUUCGGUGGUUAUUUUUUGAGAAAUCAUCCUCUUUCCAUGCAUUCUAUUUCAUUUGCUAUCAAAUAUUGGUCUCACGGUAAAGUAAAACCAUUAUUUCUACGUCAUGAAGGCUACCUCGGUGCAAUAGGAGCAUUUUUAUACGGUACUGAACAAGCAAACUCUUACAGUUGGUUAGAAAAUUACGCCGGGUCAUCAGGAUUCAAAGAUUCAGUAGCCACUGACUUGGGAAUAAAAGUCGACCAACUGGAAAUAGACAGGGCAGAGAACGCUGUGAGCUUCUGCCCACUUCUUACUGACCCGGUCUCUUACAACCCUGACACCACGGACCUGGCCCAGGACAAAGAAGCUCGGGACUACUGGCUCCAGUGUUUUGAGGAGUCAGUCGACAAAUUCGUAGCUCGUGCUAUUCACAGUCAGCCCCAGAGCCCCACUGCCAAGGACCGUGCCAGCAAACUCAAAGAAAAAUACGUAAAUCGUCUUCAUUACUUGCAUCUACAACCAUUUGCAUACGGAACUUUGACUGUCAGAACUCUAUUGGACACCAUCGAGCACUGCAUGAAAGAAUUUGAUUUUCCGGACCCUUAUUUCGAGUUGAAAAAAAAUGAAAAUGAAGAGGCGCUAAAUUUUUUAGAACAACGUCUAGAUGUUUUAGAUAAAUUAGCAGGAGCUGAAAAAAUUAGUGACUUAAUUUUAGGAGUUUUGGCUGGUAAUAUUUUUGAUUGGGGAGCCCAAGAAGUUGCUGAUAUUAUGGAGUCAACAAAAUUUCGGUUUGAAGAUGCUCAGAAUAAAAUUCCAGACAGGCCAUGGCUACAAGACAAUUUAGACGAUUGGAUAACGAGACUCGAACAAGACCCGCCUCAUAAAUGUGCGGCGAUAUUCGUUGACAACAGCGGAGUUGAUAUAGUUCUUGGAAUACUUCCCUUCGUAAGAGAUUUACUCCAACGUGGUACCAAAGUUAUUUUGUGCGCGAAUUCAAUGCCGGCUUUGAAUGACGUCACUUAUCCUGAGCUACUGAUUAUUUUACGCGACGCAGGUAAAAUUAGUAAGGACAUAAAGUACGCGUUGAAGGAAAAUCGGCUGAUGGCGAUGGAGACAGCGCAAGCUGGGCCUUGCCUGGACCUCAGCCGAUUAAAUUUGGAUUUAUGUAUGGCGAUGGUAAAACACAAUGUCGACUUGGUUGUGAUCGAGGGGAUGGGCAGGACACUGCACACAAAUUUGUACGCGAAAAUGAAAUGCGAGUGUCUGAAAUUGGCUGUUAUAAAAAAUCGUUGGCUCGCGUUGAGACUGGGCGGCGACAUGUACGCGGUUAUUUGUAAAUAUGAACGGCCAUCGAGCUCCCAUGCACUGAGACUGAUAAAUAAUGACAGCAAUCAAGAGACCAGCGAUAAAAAGACACUUUGUGUUAAUGAAAACACGUAAUUUUAAAUUAUUCAAUAAUAACUUUUUUAUUUCAUUUGGAAGAUUUAUAAAUUAACAAAUCACUAUUGCCUUAAAUACUUCAGU